ACAUCUUAGCAGGAGAAGGAUGAGAUUCAAGGCUAAGGUUAAACUUCUGCUUUGGAAGAACUGGACAUUAAGAAAAAGACAAAAGCUCCGGAUUGUUGUUGAAAUUUUAUGGCCGUUAUCAUUGAUCCUUGUCCUGGUGUGGCUCAGGAAUGCCAAUCCAUUGUAUGGCCAACAUGAAUGUCAUUUCCCAAACAAGGCGAUGCCCUCUGCAGGAAUGUUGCCAUGGUUACAGGGAAUUUUUUGUAAUACCAACAAUCCUUGUUUUAGAAGUCAUACACCUGGAGAGGCCCCCGGAGUGGUCUCUAACUACAACAAUUCCAUCUUAGCAAGAGCUUAUCGAGAUGCCCAAGACGUUUUAUUGGAUAAACCAGAAAUCUAUCAUUUGAGUCAAAUCUGGAAGGAGUUGUACACGAUGUCUACCUUUAUGGAAACCUUACGGACCAGCCCUGGAAAAGUUUCAGGCCGUGGAAUAAGAAUCAGAGAUAUCUUAAAAGAUGACGAAAUCCUGACUAUGUUUUUAUUGAAAGAUAUUGGACUUUCUGAUUCUGUGGUUUAUCAGCUCAUCAAUGCUCAAGUCCGCGUUGAACAGUUUGCAUAUGGGGUCCCUGACCUAGCCCUGAAGGACAUUGCCUGCAGCCAAACCCUCCUGGAACGCUUCAUCAUUUUUAGUAGCCGCAGGGGAAUGCACACAGUCCGUAAUGCAAUGUGCAUCCUCUCCCAACAAAGGCUGCAAAGGAUUGAAGAUGUAUUGUAUGCAAACAUUGAUUUCUUCAAACUAUUUGGAAUUCUUCCAACUGUGUUAGACGGCAGUUCCCAUGGUAUAGAUCUCAGAUUCUGGGGGAAGGUUGUCUCAAAUCUGUCUGACUCUUUGCAAGAGUUAGCACAGAAGGAAAGUAUCCAAGAUCUUUUUUGGGUGCUGCAGCCCAUUGUGCAGGAGGGAGGACCAAGGACCUUCACCCAACUGAUGAACUCUCUGUCUGACCUGUUUUGUGGUUAUCCAGAGGGCGGAGGUGCCCGAGUGUUCUCUUUCAACUGGUACGAGGACAAUAAUUACAAAGCUUUCCUAGGAGUUAACUCAACCAGGAAAGACACCUACUACAUGUAUGACAAGACGACUACUCCAUUUUGUAACGCAUUGAUCCAAAGUAUGGAGUCCAACCCUGCAACUAAAAUAGCCUGGAGUGCAAUGAAACCACUGCUUAUGGGGAAAAUUCUUUACACCCCUGAUGCUCCAGCCGUGAAAGAGAUCUUGAAAAAUGCAAACUCAACCUUUGAGCAACUGGAGCGUCUGAGGCAAAUGGGAAAAGCCUGGGAAGAGGUGGGGCCACAGAUAUGGUACUUCUUCCAGAACAGCGUUCAAAUGAAUUUGAUACGGGACACCAUCAAAAAUCCUACGGUUAAGGAUUUCCUCAACAGGCAGCUUGGAGAUGAAGGGAUAAAUGCUGAUGAUGUGAUCAACUUCCUUUACAAUGGUGAUUCAGACUCACGGUCAGAUGAACAACCAAAUUUCGACUGGAGGAACGUAUUUAACUUUACCGACCAAGUCAUACGUCUGUUUAACAACUACAUGGAGUGUUUGACCUUGGAUAAAUUUGAAGGUCACAAUGAUGAAUCCCAUUUGACACAUCAUGCUCUUUACCUGUUGGAAGAAAACAAAUUUUGGGCUGGGCUUGUAUUUAUGGACAUGUUCCCGUGGACUAACAAGCUACCUCCUCAUGUGAAGUACAAGAUCCGCAUGGAUAUUGAUGCAGUAGAGAAGACAAACAAGAUAAAAGACAGGUAUUGGGAUCCAGGGCCAAGAGCUGAUCCAGUAGAAGAUUUCCGGUACAUAUGGGGAGGUUUUGCCUACCUUCAGGAUAUAAUUGAUCACGGCAUUAUAAAGACCCAGACAAAUAAUGAAAUGCCAACGGGAAUAUACGUCCAGCAAAUGCCCUAUCCUUGCUUUGUGGAUGACGUCUUUAUGAUAACACUGAACCGUUGCUUCCCAAUCUUUAUGGUGUUGGCUUGGAUUUACUCAGUCUCAAUGCUGGUGAAGGACAUUGUACUCGAAAAAGAGCUGCGCUUGAAGGAGAUGAUGAAAAACAUGGGAGUAACCAAUGAUGUGAUUUGGUUCACAUGGUUCAUUGAUAGCUUCACCAUCAUAACAGCCAGUACUUUCCUCCUCACGGUUGUCAUUGUGGGUGGUGGCGUCCUCCACUAUAGCAAUCCAUUUAUUCUGUUCUGCUUCCUGAUGGCUUUUUCAACAGCAACGAUCAUGCAGGGUUUCCUGAUGAGUGUCUUCUUCUCCAAGGCUAACUUAGCAGCUGCCUGCAGUGGAGUGAUUUAUUUUACACUCUACUUACCCCACAUCCUCUGCUUUGCUUGGCAGGACCGGAUGACUUUUAAACUGAAAACGCUGGCAAGCUUACUGUCUCCUGUAGCCUUUGGGUUUGGAACAGAAUAUUUAUCGAGAUAUGAAGAGCAAGGUCUUGGACUUCAGUGGGGCAACAUUCGGAAGAGCCCAGUAGAGGGCGAUGAAUACAGUUUUGUGUUCUCCAUUUUCAUGAUGCUUUUUGAUGCCUUUGUCUACUGGUUACUUGCGUGGUACAUAGACCACGUAUUUCCAGGAGAGUAUGGAAUUCCGAAGCCAUGGUAUUUUCCGUUCUUGGCGACUUAUUGGUGUACGUUUGAAACUCCCUUGGCAGGAGAUGUGGAUUCUGUGGAAACUGAGCUAUCAAUUCAUGAGCAAGUGGAAGACGCUCCUGGAGAUGACCCAGAUAAACCAACUGAGGUUCCACCAAAGGAGCUUAUUUCUGAGAAAGAGCUUGCUGAUAACACACUGAAAGAUGCUGGUACUUGCAAACACAAACUGAAGAAAGAAAAGGAGAAAGAAGAGAAGCAACUAAAAGAUGAACAAGAAAAAGAGAGGAUGGACAAAGAUGGAGUGACUGAUGCAAAUCCAUUUUUUGAGCCUGAACCUCCAGGGAUGGUGCCAGGCGUGUGUGUCCAGGACCUGGUAAAGGUCUUUAACAAUAGCUUCAAACCUGCUGUGGACAGAAUGAACAUUACCUUUUAUGAAGGCCAGAUCACUGCUUUCUUAGGUCACAAUGGAGCUGGCAAAACAACAACAUUGUCGAUUAUUACUGGCUUAUAUCCACCAACAUCAGGGACAGUGUGGAUCCGUGGUAAAAAUAUUCAGACACACAUGGAUUCCAUUCGGCAAAGUCUUGGAAUGUGCCCUCAACAUAACAUCCUUUUCCGUCAUCUAACAGUGGCAGAGCACAUUAUGUUUUAUGCUCAGCUCAAAGGCAAAUCCAAAACGCAAGCUGAGAAAGAGAUGGAUAUGAUGUUGGAAGACAUGGGUAUUCCCCAAAAAAAAGAUGAGGAAGCACAAAAUCUAUCAGGUGGAAUGCAGAGGAAAUUGUCUGUGGCGAUGGCAUUUGUUGGUGAAUCAAAAGUUGUGGUUCUGGAUGAACCAACAUCAGGUGUAGACCCAUAUUCAAGAAGAUCUAUUUGGGAUCUACUACUAAAAUACCGGUCAGGCCGAACCAUUAUUCUUUCUACGCAUCACAUGGAUGAGGCUGAUCUCCUUGGGGAUAGAAUUGCAAUAAUAUCUCAAGGAAAACUCUACUGCAGCGGGUCUCCAUUAUUCCUGAAGAACUGCUUCGGCACAGGCUUCUACCUCACGCUUGUCCGUAGAAUGAGAAACGUUAAAGAAAUUAGAAAAAAGGACUCUGCUUCCUGUCGGUCCGACUGUUCCUGUCCUUGUCCAAGCUGUUCUCCGAAAGUAAAAGAAGACCCACUGGAAGAAGAGUUAGACGGAGAUGUCAGUGGGUUAACUGAGUUAAUUCAACAUCAUGUUUCUGAAGCUAAGUUAAUAGAAAGCAUUGGCCAGGAGGUGAUCUAUCUGCUGCCCAGCAAAGAUUUCAAAUACAGAGCCUACGCCAGCCUGUUCCGGGAGCUGGAGGAAACACUCGGGGACCUCGGACUGAGUAGCUUUGGCAUUUCUGACACUCCUCUGGAAGAGAUUUUCCUGAAAGUUACUGCCGAUUCGGUGACAGGAACAGAAACCCCAGAAGAAUGGAUGUUACAACAGCGAAAAUCCAGAACAAGUCUAGCUGCAGAUAGCAAGGCAGCGGUUAUCAAUAUUGAAAUCAAAGGUAACUCAAGUUGGAUAAAGAUGGACUCUCAAAAGGUUGAUGCUGAAAAUACACAACACGAUGCCCGCACUCAGCCUCCCAAGCUUGAUGAACGAGAUGGAAGAGGAUCUAGACAAAUAAAAGGCAGUGAACUGAUGCACCAGCAAUUUAAAGCACUCCUCAUUAAACGUUACCACCAUGCCACUCGUAGUCAUAAGGACUUUCUUGCUCAGAUUGUGCUUCCUGCAAGCUUUGUGUUACUGGCCCUUGUGUUCACUCUCAUUGUUCCUCCUUUUGGAGAAUAUCCUAGUCUCACUCUUCAUCCAUGGAUCUAUGGGCAACAGUAUAUGUUCUUCAGCAAUGAGCAGCCCGGAAGUGAACAAAUGGUUCCUAUAACAGACGCCCUCCUAAACAGUCCAGGCUUUGGGACUCGCUGUAUGACAGAAGAACCACUAUCUAAAAAGUUUCUGUGCACGAAUACUUCGAAUGAGUGGAUUAUCCCAUCUGUUCCUCCAAGUGUUACCAGCUUACUGUUAUCUCGGAACUGGACUCCUGAGUUCCCAUCUCCAUCAUGCACAUGUAGUACAAAAAGUAAGCUGAUUAUGCUCCCAGAAUGCCCUGAGGGAGCAGGCGGACGCCCUCCACCCCAGAGAAUUCAGCCCAGCUCCGAGAUCCUACAGGACCUGACAGAGCGAAAUAUUUCGGAUUACCUUGUGAAAACAUACCCCAAUCUGAUAAGAAGCAGUAUGAAGACUAAAUAUUGGGUGAAUGAACAGAGAUACGGUGGGAUUUCUGUCGGUGGCAAACUUCCGGUUCUAGAAGUUGAGGGUCAGAGCAUCACAAACUUUUUCACUCAUCUUGGCCAGAUGAUCAAUGUGACAGGAGGAAUUACUACAAAGGCUGUUUCACAACAACUGCCUGCCUUCCUCAGAGAUCUGGAAACUGAAAACAACAUCAAGGUUUGGUUCAACAAUAAAGGUUGGCAUUCCAUGGUCAUCUUCAUCAAUGUUGCUAACAAUGCCAUUCUCAGAGCCAACCUCGGCGAUGACAAGGACCCUGGCGAGUAUGGUAUAACUGCAAUGAACCAUCCAUUGAAUCUCACAAAGGAUCAGCUUUCGGAAGUUACAGUAUUGACUACUUCAGUGGAUGUGGUGGUUGCCAUCUGUGUGAUCUUCGCUAUGUCAUUCAUCCCAGCCAGUUUUGUUCUGUACUUGAUUCAGGAGAGGGUGUCCAAUGCUAAACAUCUUCAGUUUGUCAGUGGUGUCAGCCCCACAGUGUACUGGUUCACAAAUUAUGUCUGGGACAUUGUGAAUUAUGCUAUCAGUGUUAUUAUGGUUGUUGCAAUAUUCAUUGUCUUUGAAAAGAAAGCCUAUACGUCCUCAGCUAACCUACCUGCACUCAUUGCACUGCUCUUCUUCUACGGAUGGGCUGUGAUCCCCAUGAUGUAUCCUGCUUCUUAUCUGUUCAAUGUACCAAGCACAGCCUAUGUUGCGCUGUCUUGUUUAAAUCUCUUUAUUGGCAUAAAUAGCAGUGCCAUCACUUUCAUCUUGGACCUCUUUGACAACAAUAGGGCUUUGUUAAGGUUCAACGAAAGGCUGAAAGACAUGCUUUUAAUCUUUCCACACUUCUGCCUGGGCCGUGGACUCAUUGACUUGGCGAUGAACCAAGCUGUGACUGAUGUGUAUGCUCGAUUUGGUGAGGAACAUAUCACAAAUCCUUUCCAGUGGGAGUUCUUGGGUAGAAAUAUCUUUGCAAUGGCAGUUGAAGGAGUUUUAUACUUUGGUUUAAAUCUACUUAUUCAGAAGCGCUUCUUUCUUAGCGCAUGGGUUUCAGAGCCAAGCAGAGGUGCAAUUGAAGGAGAAGAUGAGGACGUGGCACAGGAGAGACAGAGAGUCAUGAAAGGUGGUGGAAAAAAUGACAUUUUAAAAAUUAAGGAAUUAACAAAGGUGUAUGUGGGUAAACAGGUCCCUUCUGUAGACAGACUGUGUGUCGGAGUCCGUCCCGGAGAGUGUUUUGGUCUGUUGGGAGUGAAUGGUGCUGGGAAAACUACAACUUUCAAGAUGUUGACUGGAGAUAUUGAUGUAACAUCAGGGGAUGCAACUGUUGCUGGAUAUAGCAUAUUGAACGAGAUCGGUGAUGUUCACCAGAACACAGGUUACUGUCCUCAGUUUGAUGCUGUCGAUGAACUUUUGACAGGCCGCGAACACCUGCAACUUUAUGGCCGUUUGAGAGGGGUUCCUGAGGAUGAAGUUGAUAGGGUUGCAGCAUGGGGGAUUGAGAAACUGGGUCUUAGCAAAUACGCAGAUCAGCCUGUUGGCACUUACAGCGGUGGAAACAAACGCAAGCUCUCUACUGCGAUCGCUCUCAUCGGAUGUCCUCCAGUAGUGCUGCUGGAUGAACCCACUACAGGCAUGGAUCCUCAAUCGCGCCGCUUCCUGUGGAAUUCUAUUGUCACCAUAAUAAAAGAAGGCAGAGCUGUGGUUUUGACAUCUCAUAGCAUGGAAGAAUGUGAAGCUCUCUGCACUCGUCUUGCCAUAAUGGUCAAGGGAUCCUUUAAAUGCCUUGGCACCAUUCAACAUCUAAAGUUUAAGUUUGGAGAUGGUUAUAUUGUCACUAUGAAAAUCAGACCUCACAAGCCUGGAGCAGCCCCAGAUCCGGGACCAGCAGAGAAGUUCAUACAGAGCAAUUUUGCAGGCAGCUUACAGAGAGAGAAACACUACAACAUGUUACAGUACCAGAUCUCAUCUUCUUCUCUGGCCAGGAUAUUUCAGCUCCUCAUAUCCAACAAAGACAACCUCAACAUUGAGGAGUACUCUGUCUCACAGACCACCUUAGACCAAGUGUUUGUGAACUUUGCUAAACAACAAACAGAAGAUGAGGACAUCCGUUUACAUCCCCGAGCUGCUGGAGCCACUCGAGAAGUGAAGGUUGCACCUGCACCACCACAAAAAUAAAAGGGUGGAAUGCCAGGCACUCUCUAUAUUACAUGGUGAUAGACUUUUAAGGUCAACGGGAAUGUGACUUUUAUAAGUUUCUUAGUGAGUGCCUGGUUCAAAUUGGCAUACUUUCUCGGGUAACUUCACUAUAGGCUGGAGCUCACGCAAAACAUGGUCCUUUUUUAUGCCAACUGAAUACUGUACAGAUCAAAGAAACAAUGGCUUUAUCCAGCUGGUUCUUGUGUCUGCUCUUGUGAUAACACUAACUGCCAAGUUAAAGAUAGAUCUCAGAUGUCACUGGAGGUACAUUCUACUAGUGGCUUAGUCA